AACUGUUUCUUUCGUAACCCGCGAAACGAAAGCCACAGCUGGGUCGGCUCAGGGUGGCGUUGGCGUUCCAUUUCUUUCAUCUUCCUUUUACUUUUUCCAACCAUUUCCUUUUAUUUCUUUGCACAAAAAUCCCAAUUCCCAAUUCCCAAUUCCCCGUUCCAGCUGAUCAAUCGAUCAAUCAAUCCCAUUCCCAUAACGCUUCUAGUCAAACCAUAUCGCUUUCUCCUAAUUCAUCCUCCGAUCGUCUCAUUUCUUCAACCUCAUCGCCCCUUGCAUUCAGCAUUUGCACGUUGCAGAUCAACGUCUUUCUGUGCGCGUCUAAUGCUGUUUUAGUCAUGAGGCCCGGAACUCAGAGCAUUGGAGAAUGUUCUAGUUCAACUUCCUUGAGCUCUCAUCAGGGCAUUGAUGAUGACCGCAUGAUUGCUGUUGUGCUAUCGGAAGAGUAUGCCAAGCUAGACGGUGCUGUUGCCAGACGCCUCUCCAACCUUGCCCCUAUUUCUCAUACUCCAAGGAUAAAUUUGUAUAUCCCCAACCAAAGUGAUGCUAGUUUGGAACAUCAUAGGCUUCUUCAAAGGCUGAAUGUGUAUGGUUUGCAUGAAGUGAAAGUAUCCGGUGACGGAAAUUGUCAGUUUCGAGCACUUUCAGAUCAGAUGUACAAAUCACCUGAGUAUCACAAGCAUGUACGGAAAGACGUUGUAAAGCAGCUAAAGGACUACCGUUCUCUAUAUGAAGGUUAUGUUCCAAUGAAGUUCCGUCGUUAUUACAAGAAAAUGGCAAAAUCUGGUGAAUGGGGAGACCAUGUUACCCUACAAGCAGCAGCUGAUAAGUUUGCAGCAAAGAUUUGCCUCCUGACGUCAUUCAGAGAUACUUGUUUCAUUGAAAUUGUUCCUCAAUAUCAGACUCCGAAACGUGAGUUUUGGUUAAGUUUCUGGUCUGAGGUUCACUACAAUUCACUUUAUGAAAUUCAAGAUGUUCCGGUGCAACCGAGGCCAAGAAGAAAACAUUGGUUGUUCUAGGAAAUCAGAUUGCUGUGAGUAUAGAUUCGUAGAUAUAUUUGUACUACACUGCAUGAUUCUUGUUUUUCUUCAUAUGAUUGAUCUCAAUGUUUUUGUUCUAUUUAAUUUUAUGUAAAUAGUUUUUCAUACAUACAUUGCCUUGUAUUACUGCACUUAUGGAUCCAUUGAACUCUAUAACAGAAUUAUAGUCACAUUAUAAACUCAACCUUCAGCAUACUAGACUCUGGUGUAACCGAUCAAGUAAGCAUAACUGAAUUCAGUUUAGCUUAUUGUACAGAGCCAGAAAUAUUUAAUUUUUUUGUACUAAUGAAACCUCAAA